CUGGACCCGUAGCUAAUCCCGAUGCCGAGGAAUUUACACUUCAACACACACCCAAUGAUUAUGGUGUUAUGGAUCUUCAACAUGCUAAAAUUACAGCAACCAUCCAACUAACUACCGCAGCUAACGCAGCUUUGGGAAACGAUCAAGAGGUUUCAUUAAAUCAAUCUCCGUUACGAUUUUGUUGGAAAUCAAGAGAAGUAUUGUUGAAUAAUCAACGUAUCAAUUCAUUAUCAUCUCAAGAAAAUGAAAUUGCUUAUCUUGAUCAUUUAAUGCGCGAAAUACCUUCGGGUUACAACCCCGACAAACAUAUUACGGGUUGUAUCCAUAAUACCCCGGGUGUAAGCGAUAGUAUCGCCCAAAUGCUGGAUCAUGGUAACGCAGGAUUCGUAAACAAGGGCAUGGGCGCACGUUAUAAUUUAUGUAAUCAAGCUACACAAUUUAAAUGCUACGAUGUCAUUAAUUUAAUGGGUGAUAACAAGCGCUAUGUACUAUCUUCAUUUGAAUUAAAAGUUCGUUUAGCACGUUUGGAAAAAACUAAAACCUUAUUUGGUGAUGCCGCUCAUUGUGCGGCGGCAAAAAUUAAAUAUAAAAAUUUAGAAAUUCAUAUUCCCGCUUUUAAACCACAACAGCAAUUAAUGACCGCUAUUAAUACGGCCAUGAUUCAAAAAGGUGAAGAAGCUAAAUAUUAUGUGCGUCAUCAUCGAUAUGUACCUAUACCUUUAGUACAAGGUGCUCAAAAAUAUGUUAAAAAUGAUAUUUUUACAGGGGCACGUCCGACGCGUGUAUUUGUCUAUUUACGUCGGCAAAAUCGAUAUAAUGGCGCACAUACUCUAAAUCCUAAUCGUAUGAUUUUUCCAGCAAAUUUUGAAAAUUUAAGCUUAAAAAUUAAUGAAGCAACUAUCGAACCACAAAUUGAAAAUUCACAAGAAGCGUACAUUAAUUUGCGACGUAUUUUAAAUCGAACGCAUGAUGAAAUGCCAUUUAGUUACGAUAAUUUUUUGACUGAUUACGGUCUUGUUGCUUUUGAUUUAAGUGAAAAUAGAGAUAGUUACAAUCAAAUAUUACCCAACACAACAAGCGGUGUUAUCAGUCUUGAAUUGCGUCUUACUGGAAAUCUUGCCCAUAAUAGUCAAUUGAUUGUUAUUGGCGAAUUUAGAAAUCAAUUAUCGUGUGCUUACCAAACCGAAGCACGUUUAAAAUUCGUGUAUUAA